AUGGCGAAGGUCGCGGAGGCUGAUUUCAGCAUUAAACCAGAAAAUAUCACGCCCCAGAUUCCUACAUCUGAAUGGCCGCUUCUGCUGAAGAACUAUGACAAAUUGCUGGUUCGAACCGGCCACUUCACGCCCAUCCCCGUGGGUUGCACACCAUUGAAGCGCGAUCUCAAAUCUUACAUCUCUUCCGGCGUCAUCAAUCUCGACAAACCUUCGAAUCCUUCCAGCCACGAAGUCGUCGCCUGGGUCAAGCGAAUAUUGCGGGUAGAAAAAACCGGCCACAGCGGCACACUUGACCCCAAAGUUACAGGAUGCUUGAUUGUUUGCAUCGACCGAGCCACAAGAUUGGUGAAAUCGCAGCAAGGUGCCGGAAAAGAAUACGUCUGCGUCAUACGACUACACGACAAACUGCCUGGAGGAGAAGCGCAAUUUGCUCGAGCACUGGAAACCCUGACGGGCGCCCUGUUCCAACGACCUCCUCUCAUCUCCGCCGUUAAGCGACAGCUCCGUAUCCGAACCAUCCACGAGAGCAAACUGUACGAAUUCGACAAUGACCGCCACCUCGGCGUCUUCUGGGUCAGCUGCGAAGCGGGAACCUACAUCAGGACUCUUUGCGUCCAUCUGGGAUUGCUGCUAGGUGUUGGUGCGCACAUGCAGGAAUUGCGAAGGGUAAGGAGUGGGGCGAUGGCCGAGAGCGACGGCAUGGUCACACUGCACGAUGUCCUCGAUGCACAAUGGAUGAUGGACAACAACCGGGACGAGUCUUAUCUGCGGAGAGUGAUUUCCCCGCUCGAGAGUCUCCUGACCACGUACAAGAGAAUUGUUGUCAAGGACAGCGCGGUUAAUGCUGUCUGCUACGGCGCCAAACUGAUGAUCCCCGGUCUACUACGCUUCGAGGCCGGUAUCGAAGUGCACGAAGAGGUCGUUCUAAUGACCACUAAAGGCGAGGCGAUCGCUCUUGGUAUUGCGCUGAUGUCAACAGUGGAGCUAUCUACCUGUGAUCAUGGUGUUGUUGCCAAGGUCAAGAGAUGUAUCAUGGAGAGAGACCUGUACCCGCGACGAUGGGGCAUGGGACCUGUGGCGCUGGAGAAAAAGAAGAUGAAAUCCGACGGAAAGCUUGAUAAAUACGGCCGACCAAACGAAAAUACUCCGGCGAAAUGGAAUGCUGAAUACACUGACUACGGCGCUUCUGCCACGGCAGAAGGCACAAGAUCCGUCCCCGUGAGAGAGACAACCUCCAAAUCGGAUGUCCUUUCGGCUCCACCCGUUGCUCCCAAUGGUGAGACCGCCGGAAAAAUGGAUCUCGACGAGACUGUGGCGGUCCCGUCUGCAGCAGAAGCGGCGGCGGAGCCCCUGACGACAAAUGGCGAGUCGACGCUGAAAAUCAAGGAAGAAAAGGAGAAGAAACGCAAGAGUAAACAUGAGGGCGAGACGCCCGAAGAGAGAGCUGAGCGGAAACGGAGGAAAAAGGAAAAGAAAGAGAAGAAGGAGAAGAAAAGAGCGAGCGGGGUCAGUAAGGAGGAGAGCGACAGCGAGUGA